UGUUUUACACAACCCGCCGAGUUAAGAGCAACUGAGCCAACUCACUACUCUCUUUCCUUUCAGUUCUCUUCUCAUCAACCAAAAAUGGUGAAGUUGGCUUUGGGUAGUUUUGGUGAAGUUUUUAGUGCGGCCAAUCUCAAGGCCUAUCUAGCGGAGUUUAAUGCCACCUUUAUCUUUGUCUUUGCUGGUGUUGGAUCCGCCAUAGCUUUCAGUAAGCUGACUAGUUCGGGGGCGUUGGACCCAGCUGGGCUAGUGGCGAUAGCAGUGGCACAUGCAUUUGCACUGUUUGUUGGAGUGUCCGUAGCUGCCAACAUCUCAGGUGGCCAUUUGAAUCCAGCUGUCACCUUCGGAUUGACUAUCGGUGGCCACAUCACCAUCCUAACUGGUCUUCACUACAUCCUUGCCCAAGUAUGGGGUUCCAUCCUUGCUUGCUUCCUCCUUAAGUUCGUCACUGGAGAGAGUAUCCCAACCCAUGGACUCGCCGCGGGAGUUGGCAUAGGUCAAGGACUAGUGUUCGAAAUCAUCACCACCUUCGCUCUUGUCUACACCGUCUACGCCACAGCUGCCGACCCCAAGAAGGGCUCACUCGGAACCAUAGCCCCCAUCGCUAUUGGGUUCAUUGUUGGUGCCAACAUUCUUGCCGCAGGUCCAUUCAGCGGUGGAUCCAUGAACCCAGCCCGCUCAUUCGGCCCAGCAGUUGCCUCCGGAGACUUCUCACAGGUCUGGAUCUACUGGGUCGGCCCACUUCUCGGUGGUGGGCUCGCUGGCCUCGUCUACGGUGACAUCUUCAUCGGCUCCUAUGCCCCUGUCUCUGCUUCUGAAGACUAUGCUUAAGCUUUAACUCCUCAUCUAAUCAGAUUUUAAUUUAAUUAAGUGGGGACUUGGGUUUGUUCAUUUGCUUUUGUGAAUUGGAAUUUUUCAUGAUCAUCUUCGAAUUUUAGUUUCUUGAAGAAAAAAAAUUGCAAAAAAAAAAGAAGAAGAAAUCGCUUGUUAUUUGUUAAUAAGCUGUAUAUUACUACUACUACUACGAGAUCAAUUUGUUUUGGAAUUUUAAUUAUGAAGCCUUGUCUUUGAUGA